AUGCUCUUCAACUUCGUCGUGCUCAUCCGUGCUCACCAGUUUCAUUUCAACUUUUCCUGCAUCCAGGCGGUCCUAUUCGUCCUUCACUUUUUCGAUAAUGUCGCAGUGCUCGUACUCAAAAUCUUAAUGAUAACUGAGAUAGUGGACAGUUGGUUUCUCCGUAUUUAUCUCAAUGUACUCCCUAUUCAGAUUCCGAUCCAACUUCCAGCUUCCUGUUCUGGAUCUCUAUGAACAUAACAAUCUGCUUCACAUUCUCAGGUUCAUCAAGCCUCCUUCUUCUCUCUAAUUUUCGCCCUAUUCAGCCAUGUGCACACUGUUCUUCCUGACCGUCGAGCGUUGUUGUGCCACACUUCUCAUGCGUGAUUACGAGCGUGAAAAGAGACGUUAUAUCUCCGUACUUCUCAAUCUGCUCCUUCUCUCCUACGGCCUCAUCUCCUGCUUUGUCAUCAGAAACAAGGAACACACAAUCUUUGUGAUCUCGUUUCUUCUGGUAAUCAACGGCAUCGCACUUGUGGUGAGGGCUCCGAACGGAACACAGACAGUUCCUGAGUGCAUGUAUUUUGAUUUGAUGCUCCCGGUGCCAGACGGAGCAAGGUCACUGUAGUUGUGACCUUUCAAAGAUCAUAUUGUUUUCAAGGAUCUCUGUUCGUUGCAGAUGCAUUGUUUUCUUCGUUUCUGGAACAAACACAUCUACACGGAACUGCACGAUAGCGUGAGCGUAACGGCGUACUCGUUGGCAAAGAGAUUCCAAGUCGCCGAGAACAUCAAGUCUCUCCACGUACUCCCUCAUUAUCAAAACGAUGUGCCCAAUUUUCAUACUUCCAGAUGAUGAACAAUAUCAUCUUCUACAUGGGUCUUAUGAACGCCAUCGUCGUCCUCAGUGUGCUCUUCUCGAGCUUCAACCUGACGCCUGAGCUGGAGCUCUUUCUCACUUUCUGCCUGGACACUUCCAUCUUCGUCUACAGCUUCUGCUACCCCGUCAUUAUGUACCAUUCGUGUGAGAGAUGGAAGUCUGAAAUGAAGUCGAGUCUCGAAUGGAUCGGCUUUCUGCAUCGGUCCAACACUGCCAAAGUUGUUCCGAUCCUAAGCACGUUUGGAGCGCGUCUGGAGCCGGCGAACACCAUGGGCAGCCACUUUGAUCACCUUCGCAACUCAUGGGAGGCGAUCCCACGAAAAAGUAUAAUAUCUGUUGAGCGUUAA